AUGGGGACAUUUGCCCCAAUUGUGGUGUACUGGUUAUAUGGUGGGUUUUAUCAGAUGUUGCCACCUCUAGAUAAUUAUCGCCUGCACACCAAAAAGGAAGAAAAUGAGAAAAACCCGGUGCCAUUGUCAUCCGUCAUCAAAGGUGUGUUGCUUCAACAGCUCGUUCAGGCCACCGUUGCGCAAUUGCUUUUCAUGUUCACUUCCCAAGCAAAUUUAUCUGGAGUCACAGGUCAGCCCUCCAUUCCUAUCCAAAUUGUGCAAAUUGCUGUAGCAAUGCUGGUCAUGGAUACAUGGCAGUACUUUGUGCACCGCUACAUGCACCAGAACAAAUUUUUGUAUCGCCACAUCCACUCCAAACAUCAUAGGUUGGUUGUCCCUUAUGCCAUUGGGGCCCUUUACAAUCACCCAUUAGAGGGUCUGCUGCUAGACACACUGGGUGGUGCCAUUUCUUUCCUUGUCUCAGGAAUGACAGCAAGGACUGCUGUGGUUUUCUUCUGCUUUGCAGUGGUCAAGACCGUUGAUGAUCACUGUGGACUCUGGCUGCCCGGUAAUAUUUUCCAUCUAUUUUUCCAAAAUAACAGUGCUUAUCAUGACAUUCACCAUCAACUCCAAGGCACAAAGUACAACUAUUCUCAGCCAUUCUUUCCUAUAUGGGACAAACUUCUUGGUACCUACGUACCAUACAGUCUUGUAAAGCGACCUGAAGGAGGUUUUGAGGCGAGGCUAAUUAAAGACUAA